AUGACGUCGGCGCAUUUCUCUGCGGCCAAACAGCAGAGAGGGCGAGGUCGAGCUUUCGACGGAGAGGUGUAUCGCGAGGUAGAGGUCAGUGAGGGCCAUCCUGAGAAGCCUCCAAAUAAGGAAAUCCUGGAGCACUACACUGUACUCGCGAGAAAGCCACCGGACGGCGACGACGGCGAGGGUGACAAGGUACAAUGCGGACGACACCGCGGAGAUGACGAUGACGACGAGGAAGGACCUGGUGCCUCAAUCAUAGCUCGGGCAGGCACAGAAUCCAACGCGCCAGAGGCAGGCACACUCAUAUCUGACGAUGCUGAACGAGGAAUGAUUCAUAAAGCCUUUCGGCCUCAAAUCCGAAUUUUUUUCUUCUUGAUUUUCACUUGCCGCAAACACGACAGAGAUACCGGGAACUGCAGCCCAGGUGCCCAAUAUCAGCAUCAGGCCGAAACUUCGCCAUACCCUCCUUCCCUUGGCUCGGAGGAAAUCAUAUCGAAAUCAAUGUCGGCCGUCUCUGGUUCGGAUGCCUCCGCAGGCUCUACCCUCCCUUCGAGCAUCUCGGGAGUGGGAGACCAGCCUAAUCUGUCCUCCAUCGGUCACAUCAACGAUACGCCAGCCGAUAUCAAGUGGCCCGAUCAGACCGACCACGAUCUCAUCGAGAGACGAGUUGCACAGGGCACACAGGACGGGCCCAAAUUGGCCAUGGCACCUCUGGAAAACUUUAGAUUCAAGGGCCAGCCGUAUGACCUGAUCGUCGGCUUCCUGGUCAAAGGCGUUCUACACGUCUGGCGGUUACACAGGGAAGUCGUAUAUCCGAGAUGCUAUGCCGUCAAAUUCCACGGAAAGCAGGAUGUACGUUUGCAGUUCCUCGUUGCCCGUUUUGUCUCUGAAACUGACAAUGCGGUGCCUUCAGUUGGAGCGUCGAUACGCUCAGGGGUUGUGUCCUUUCAACACCGCCCCGGUGACGAUUGUGGUGGUAAUCCCGAACACCUGGGCGCCUCUUGGUAUCAAACACCUCACCACAUGUUCAGAUCUAUGUAUCAAGAAUCCGGUCCCAGCGUCACCCUUACACCCAGGUUUACUCUCCAGGACUGCUUAACCUGCGUCAAACUGGGUCACUGGCUCAACGAUACACUGCUUCAAGCAUAUGAAAGAGGAAUGGGCGCCUUCCUCAACGAGCGGCUGACGGCCUGGCUGUCUGCUUAUCCCGCGCCACCGCAGGGACAGCAGUGUUCGUCCGAUGAUGUUGCAUGCGUCUUUGCCCGCCUUGCGUCGAAACCGUGGUACCGCGACAUGCUGUUUGGUGAGUGUCUCGACGACCUGCGCAUUCUUCUAGAGAAGAAACGCCAGUUGCUGCUGCAAGACUCUGCGUGGGCUCGGCGCGUCGAGGAGGUCCCGGAGCUUGGCGUACUGAUGGGUAUGGAUUUGAUUGAGCUGUAG